ACAGGCAACAAACAGGAGUGGGACCCUGUGUAGAUGGGGCAGUAGGAAACGUCUACAGAUAGCCUACUCUGGAGAAGACUUCUGUUCGCGCAGCUUGUUGGAACGGACUGCAGCUGGGACAGUUUUUUAAGUACUCGCACAUUCUGGAGCAGGACUUAAGGAUAUAACUUGAAUAUUUCUUGAAUUCUGGAAUUACAAACACUUGAGAUUAAAGAUGAUGCUGUUGAAUAUAAAACACAUUCUUUGGUUAUCUUGUGUGUGCUAUGCAGUUGCUGAGCAUGAGGCGACAUGGCAAAUGAAGGUGGAGAAGAGCCCCCCUGUCAGCGGGUCUCUGGCGGGGAGGGUGGUGCUGCCCUGCCACUUCUCCACCCUGGCCACCUCUGCACCCACCCUCAGCACCACUCCAGCUGACGCCAGCACCCCCAGCACUACCCCCACGGCUACAGCCUCCACGGACCACCUGCGCAUCAAGUGGACCAAAGUGGAAGAGGACACCGAGAACACGGUUCUGGUGGCCCAGAACGGGGUGAUCAAGAUCGGGCCAGCCUACAAGGGCCGGGUGUCGGUGCCCAGCCACCCGGAGGAUGUGGGCGAUGCCUCCCUGACGAUGGUGAAGCUCCGGGCCAGUGACGCCGGGCUCUACCGCUGCGAGGUCAUGUACGGCAUCGAGGACACCCAGGACACAGUCUCCCUGGACGUCAGUGGUGUUGUUUUUCAUUACCGGGCAAGCACCAGCAGAUACACCCUGACCUUCAAGAAAGCUGUUGAAACCUGUCACAGUGUUGGGGCGUCAAUUGCCACAGUGGACCAGCUGAAAUCUGCUUUUGAGGAUGGAUUCGACCAAUGCGAUGCUGGCUGGAUUGCGGACCAAACAGUUAGAUACCCAAUCACAAGGCCCAGGGCUGGUUGCUAUGGAGACAAACUUGGAAGGCCCGGUGUCAGAACGUAUGGACUCCGAGACCCUGAAGAGACCUUUGAUGUAUACUGCUACGUGGACAAACUGGACGGUGAGGUAUUCUUUGUGCCUGUCGAUGCCAAAAUGAAUCUGGAGGAGGCACGGAAGGAGUGCGAGGGGAGGGAGGCGGUGCUGGCAUCCCCCGGUCAUCUCCAUGCGGCGUGGAGGCAGGGUUUAGACCGCUGCGAUUACGGGUGGCUCUCAGACGGCAGCGCCCGCUACCCCAUCUCUGUGCCCCGGACCCAGUGCGGGGGAGGCCUGCUGGGAGUCCGGACCCUCUACCGCUACAAGAACCAGACCGGUUUCCCUCUACCUACAGAAAAGUUUGGAGCCUUCUGCUUCAAAGGUAGAGAGACUGAAAACCAGACUGCUGUGGUAGGCACCACGGUAGAGCCUCCUUCCACAUUCUCAACAAGGACAGUCGCCCCGCGUGAAAAAGCUACCUUCACCACCCGGGCUGUCAAUGUCAUUACAACAACACCAUUUAUCGAAUAUGAUGUUGAUGACUUCAUUGGUAAGAGCGAUCCGAGUCAAGUGGAGUCAAUCCCCCGGGGUGACACUCUCUACCCUGAACAGCUACCUCCUCUGCCCACCAUGAAAAGCACCCCACCCCAUCUUGACAUUGCCACCAAGGAAGACACCAUUCAUCCAGUAGUGGAAAGUGAAACUACACCCCCAACGGGACAGGAGGACUUGGAGGGAUCAGCAACAGUUGUCACAGAGGAGAUGCCCAUGGAAGCCAGUGGAUCCAGCCCAGAAAGCCCUCAUGCCGUAUUGAUUUCCCCCACAACUGCAUCUGCCCUCCUUCCAGAUCACAAGGAACCAUCAGGACCUGCAAAAGAACCCUCUUUGCCACACCGAGAUUUAGGAAAGCCGGCCAUAGUCUAUAAAGAAGAUAGAGAGAGCACCACCGACACUGAUGCGUCCAAAGAUGUUUCGGAGACCGAGGUGACUGUGUCGCCACCACUUCAGGCAGUACCCGAGAGACCUCCCGUCAUCACUGAGGGCAAGACAACAGAUGACACCACCAAGGACAUGGUCAUCUUCGAGGAGUCCACCACGAGGGGGGUGGAGUCUUCCGGGGAUUCCAUGGAAAGUAAAGACAGGAUGACGGAGGUUGACGCAGAGUACCUCACGCCAGCUAAAGGGUCUGUCACUGUGGACAAGCCGUUUGAGGUGUCCACGCUCACAAAGCCACCGUUCCAUAUCAUGGUCGUCAACGUUCAUGAGAAAAACCAAUCUGUUGAGCCCAUUUUGGAUUUCCUAGGGAAACCUAUCGACACCGACUCGCAAGGACCUCGGAUUCCACUGGUCCCUGUGUCACCAGAUCACCCUACCCCUGCUAUCCUAGAUAGGGAACCAGUCCUGGGUAGUGGGGACACAGACCUGUAUCCCCCCUCCAGUUUCACCACAGCCCCCACUCUGAGGUACAUUAACGGGAAUCACAAGCUGACCCUUGCACCGAAGUAUGUAGGGGUUCAGGAAGCAAGAGGAGAUCAGUUUGAGAGCGUGUCCCCAACAAAGAAUGAAGUCCUCCAUUUUGAAGACGAAACAGAAAAAGAAAAGGCCCCGUUUGAUUACUCCUCAAUAGAUUUGGGCAUAGUGCCUGAUAAAGACAGCAUCAAGGAGCACAUUUCAACCACAUCUCAGCCCUCAUCUUCCACUACUGAGCCAGAUUAUGUAGAUACACUGGAAAGGGUAGUGCAUGUGGAGUCCUCUGCUCCCUUGCCUCCAUCCUCAGGGGAGGCACCUCAAAGCAAGGAGACCCCAUUGACCUCUGCUCCCGUGACCUCUGCUCCUAGCACACCCAUGAGCACAACUCUGCCGGCAAUAGAAACCUUUUCCACAUUGGACAUCACAGCACGCAGGUCAACGCCAGGCACCCCAAUUGAUGAAGACACUGAAGGAUCCACAGGGCACCCCACAGAUGAUGAGGCAGACACGACACAUCAGGAGGGGUCCGGAGAAGAAAGAUACAGCCAAAUGACAGUGGUGACAGAUGAGACAGAAAUUGCCGAGGCAGUUAAGACUCCAGAGACAGGUAUGGAAUCUUCAACAAAAGCCCCACUGAAGACUCUGCCUAGCUCUACACACGAUCGUGUUGAGGACAUCGGCUCGCAGCCGGAGACACCAGAGGACUUUGAAGGGUCGACUUCAGCUGAGGACGAAGGCUCUGCACAGGAAACGUAUCCACCUGACUCUGUUGAAAAAAGGCCUGUGAUCACUGGUGGCGUGACUCCACUGGAAGCCCCAAGUACAACUGGAACAGUUACAACUUUUACAGAAGCAAAGAGAGAUGAACCUUCUGUGACAAAAGCCUCUCUGGCUCCAAGCAGUGCUGGCACAACUGCAAGUUUUAGGGAAUAUCCUACACCUUCCCCAGUUACCCCUGCAGUUCAUAAAAUUUUGAUACCAAGUCAGUCAAGUAGCCAUCUUCAACCUGACGCUGAUGAAAGGUUGGCCACUACCAAGCCUUAUGACAAGAAAGAAUCCAUCAUUCAUGUGGAUACUGCAUCUCCCACAAUCCCAACUGAGGAAGCAGUGGGGGUGGCUGUUGUGACUAUAUCACCAAAAAGCACACUUACAAUGACGCAGGCACCUGAAGGAUCUGGGGAAGACCUGACAACAUCCUUUGCUCCUGACUCAUUGCAGAUUACAUCUGAAUCUACCACAGCUCCAACACUUUCCUCAGAUGAUUUUUCGGGGGAUGAUAUCAAGACCUCAACUGUUGCGGAACCCUUCCCAGGGGCAACACCUUCGGCCACAACACCUGCACUGCCCGAAUCUCCCUCGGCAUCUGCAUCUGUAUCUGCAUCCACUUCUGAAGAGCAGGAAUCUGUAGGUAUCACAGAGCAGCGUCCAGCUCCAGGUGCUGAUGGGAGAGAGGUGGAGUCAAUCAGCUCAGAGAGCUCCUCUAAGGAGCAGGAAGAGGAGAGGGAGAAGGUGGAGACUCCCAAGCAUGCAGAAGUUAUUGUGCCCAGCACUACAAUGAUAUCUACUACCACGGCAGAAGAACAUGAAUUGGUGGAAUACAGUCACGUGUCAAGGCCUCCACUUCUUGAGGCUGAACCUCCUUCUCGUGGAGAGGAAACCACGGUCAAACCCGAGACAAGAACAGACCUUGGAUACACUAUUGAAGGCCAGACUGUUGACAUUCCAGGUAUUUUUUCUUGCACUGAGAACCUUUGUUUCAACGGAGGCACUUGCUACAUGAGAGGCAAAGUGUACAUCUGUGCAUGUCCUCCGGGAUAUAGUGGGGAGCGCUGUGAGACAGACAUUGAUGAGUGCCAGUCCAACCCAUGUCGGAAUGGUGCCACUUGCAUAGAUGGAUUGAACUUUUUCACCUGUGUCUGCUUGCCAAGUUACACAGGAGCACUCUGCGAAUAUGACACAGAAACCUGUGACUAUGGUUGGCACAAGUUCCAGGGCCACUGCUACAAGUACUUCACCCACCGACGCACGUGGGACGCCGCAGAGAGGGAGUGCCGCCUGCAGGGGGCGCACCUCACCAGUGUCCUGUCACAGGAGGAGCAGCUGUUUGUCAACCGCCUGGGACACGACUAUCAGUGGAUUGGCCUGAAUGACAGGAUGUUUGAAAAUGACUUCCGUUGGACAGAUGGCCGACCCAUGCAAUAUGAGAACUGGAGGCCAAACCAGCCCGACAGCUUCUUCUCCACGGGUGAGGAUUGUGUGGUGAUGAUCUGGCACGAGGGGGGACAGUGGAACGACGUGCCCUGCAACUACCACCUCACCUUUACCUGCAAGAAGGGCACAGUUUCAUGUGGUCAGCCCCCAGUUGUGAAAAAUGCCCGCAUCUUUGGAAGCAUGAAAGCUCGCUAUGAGAUCAACUCCCUGGUGCGGUACCACUGCAAGGAUGGCUACAUCCAGAGAUACGUGCCGACCAUCCGUUGCCGUGGUGAUGGGCGAUGGGAUGAGCCCAAAAUCUCCUGUAUUAGCCCAUCCACCUAUCAAAGGACUUACCCACAGAAAUAUCAAUACAGCAGCUUGUACAACAAUGCCAAGAGGCGAUACAACGAGUCUGCUCGACACCGCCAUCGCUGGACCGUCCGAGGGGGCAACACCAAACACUGAUCCCGCAGCAGGAGUGCAGAACACACCUUUUCCUGAUGGAGAGCCAUUCUCUAUGGUCUAAAAGAACAAACCAGAAUCAAGUGCCUUUUGAAUGUUUCAAAAGUAUCUUUUCCGUCAUUUUUCUUCUUCAUUCUUUAUCAAGGGACACAUUUAUCAGUGGACAACAAAAAGGACACACUCAAUGCCAGGUCUCUCUGCUGGUGCAUUUCCGUGUGAUUUUUUAUAUAUAUAUAUAUAUAUAUAUACCAAUUAUUCUGAUACUAAUAUAUUCAGUUCUCAACUCUAUUCACAUCAGAGCCCACGAGUCCACAACUACAUGUCCAAACAGUUUAUAGAAGUGGUAAACUAAACAAGCAAAUAGCAACAUGCUGUGUACAUUGAACAAAAAAUACAGAGUUUAAAUAAUGUACAUAAACAACACAUCACAUUUUAGUAAAAUUUAAAACUGGUUCUUAAGACUUUCUACUGUAGAGAGUCUGACUGCUGCUCCUUAUAUGGGCUCUAAUCUUUGUAGCUUUAUCUGCACAGAAUUUAUACCGAGUUGUGUUAUUUGAAAGGCAUGAAACAUCUAACCAGAAAUAUAAGUCAAAUGUUCAAAGAAUUCAAGGAGAAAACAUACAAGCAGAUAUGGUGUGAUAAAUUAAAGCUUGCAAAGAAAGGUCACGCUCCCUGCAGAAAUAUAAGCAAAAAUGUUUAUGGGCGGACCAUUUGAUCUCUGCGGAAUUACUGAACUGGGGGAGGAGGAGAAGAGUGGGAGGAGGAAGCCGAAAGGACUGCAUAUCUGCCCCAAUCAGAUUUCAGAUACUGUCAGGAGAGCAAGACAUGGGAGGAGCUUUUUUAGCAGCUUUGAGCCGCACAUAAAAGAUAAAA